AUCAUCAACAUUGAGAGCGUUGAAAGAAAGACAGUUCCGAUAGUCUUCAGUCUUGAGUUGUCGGCGGAGUGAGAACAGUAGCAACAAUACACGGCAAAAUACGUUUUUUUUAGCCGCCGAAAAGACAGUCGCAUGGAUUUAUUCAACUGGUCCGCCAUUGUUUGGGUGACGAAGGACGGCUGAAAACGACUCCCCUCCCUCUCACCUUCCUGACCCCUCCCCCUCCCCCUCCCCCUCACCCCCCCAUUGGCUGUGGUUUCCCAGAGGGCGGAGCUAAGUAUGGGGUAAGAGAGCUGAGAGGAGACACCAAGACGACAUAAGCUGAGGAGGCCCUCUAACCUGCAAAGGGAUGAUCGAUGACCGUAUCGGUAAAUUCACCCGUGUGGCAACACGUAAACAAACAACGAACGGUAAAGCAUGUGGGCACCGACUGGACUUCAUGGUGCAUCAGGUGCUGUCGGGGAAAGGACACUGUCAUGGCGCUGUUGUGGAGGAGGCUGAAGCUUGUGGUGACAGUGAUGAUGGUCAACCUCUUCAUCUUCAUCAUCAUCGCCCGACACAACAGUCAAGACAAAAAUGGUCAUAAGGUCCGCAUCCCCUCCAAACCGUUCUGGAACAAACUGGUUGCCAGCCCUGCUUACUGGAAUCACCAGCAGCAAAUUCUGGACCUUCACAACAAUCCCAUCCUGGGGGCAAACUACAGCGAUGCAGACUUGCCUUGGGCUAACGACACCAGCUUGACCUCUGACCCCUGCCAGCCUAACUCCAGGGUUACCACUCAGGUGAAAGACUACAACUCCCUACCGGCACGCUUCAAGGACUUCCUGAUUUACAUGCACUGCCGCUCCUACCCGAUCAUGGUGGACCAGCCUGAUGUCUGUAGGGAGCCGCCGUUCCUGCUCCUGGCUGUCAAGUCCCUGGCACCGCACUUUGACCGCCGCCAGGCCAUCCGUCAGUCCUGGGGAAAGGCUGGUGUUAUAGCCAAUCAGACGGUGGUUACUAUCUUCCUUCUCGGCAACGCCACAGCUGGGGACCACCACCCGGAUCUGUCCGAGAUGCUGCACUAUGAGAGCGUCCGUCAUAAAGACAUCAUCCAGUGGGAUUUCAGGGAUUCGUUCUUCAACCUGACUGUCAAAGAAGUUCUCUUCCUGGAGUGGAUUCAGACUCGUUGCACCAGUGCUCAGUUCAUCUUCAAAGGCGACGACGAUGUUUUUGUCAAUACCUACCGCAUCCUGGACUUCCUCAAGGGCCUCUCGGAGCCCAAAGCCAGGGACCUGUUUGUGGGUGACCUGAUAACCAACGCAGGGCCCCACCGAGACAAGAAGGUCAAAUACUUCAUCCCAGAGAGCAUGUACAUCGGGACGUACCCUCCAUAUGCAGGAGGUGGUGGGUACCUUUACUCUGGUGUCGUCGCUGCUCGUCUGCACAAUGUGUCACAACAUGUAGCGCUCUACCCGAUAGAUGAUGUCUACACGGGUAUGUGCCUUCGGAAGCUAGGGCUGGCCCCCGAGAAGCAUAAAGGCUUCAGGACCUUUAACAUAGAGGUGAAGUACAGGUCAAACCCCUGCGCCUACAAGAGUUUAAUGCUCGUUCACCCGAGGACCCCACAGGAGAUGAUACAGAUCUGGGCCUGGCUCAGCAGUCCUAACCUGAACUGCCAGUGAUGGCUCCGCAGCAGGCAGUUGUGACUGAAACGGCCCUAGAAAAGAAGACAUUUUUCAGGUUGUUCCCAAGAGGUCAAAGCGACAAAUAUUUAAUUGUGAACAGGGUCAUGACUUAAGAGUUGGCAGCUUUAAGUUAAGAUAUUAUUAUAAUGGUCAGUUGAAGAAGUUGAUGCAUUGUACCUCUAAAAAUGAGGGUGUGUUGUUAACUAUUUUUCAAAAUGGCCACCAUAGUAUUUUGACUUGAUGUCAGACUUCCGUAGACAAGCUAUCCCUGCUUUACUGUCGAUGGAGCUCCACCCAAAGUGACCAUGUCUUUCUCUGCGUGCACAUAUUUAUAUCAAAACUAUUUAUAUGGCCUUAUUAAUGCUUUAACACUGUUUCAGCUCCGUGUUGGAGCGUCUCAAUGCUGUAUUAUAUAAAUAAGGAGACUAAGAACUGUCUACCUGGAACUCUGUGUUUGGUCAAGGGAAGAGAUACUGUCUUUAUUGGCAGUGGUGAAAAGAACAAUCGUUUUCAGCAACUUUCAAAAGUAAAUAAACAAGUGAAGUUCUUAAACUUCACGCCAUGUUGCUGCUAGCUUUAAAAGAGUUUCCCGGUAAACACUUUCUAGUAAUUGUUGCUGGAGGCUUAGUUCGUGCUGCUAUUCCCAUCCACACUCCCUAAGGUAUUUACUUGUAAAUAGCUCAAUUUAAACUAAACCAGUUUUUCCUCAUAGAAAAACUCAUACUGUCAGAACUUCACAAACCAUUUAUUCAUUUUUUAAAAGUAGUUUUGAUUUAUGUUAAAUUCAUCAUUGUUACUCUUCAUUUUAUUGACAAUAGUUCCUUUGUGUUUACCUUGUAGAUAAAUCAUGUUACGACAAAACUCUCUCAAAUUGUCCGUAGAGCUUCAAAAUGGGGUGUUUGGUGGAGUGAAUACACACUUUGCUUUCAGGAAACAGGAAUGUGAGUCCAGCUCUGUACAGCUCAGCAGGUCUGGGCUUGUUUCGACAUGGAUGGAGAAAUCAAAAUGCUGUCAAAUUCUGCUUCAGGUUCACACUUUACACGAAAGGAUAAAGCGCUUAUAUGAACCCUAAGUGCAUUUUCAGAUGUUAUUUCAAGCUGCCAGCGUAGAGCUUCUGUCUGAAAUACUCGCUGUAACUUGCCUCAUGAGUGUCUGCAGCUGUUGUGCGGAAAUGUUGAAUGCUGUUAAAUGUUGUUUUACUGUGAUGUCAGUGAAUCAAAAGUGCUUUAAAACAGGUUGAUUAUGGUGGAAAAUCACGUGUAAGCUAACUAAGAUUUUGUUACUUGACAAAUUGUCUCUGCAAUGUUCACUGAUCAUUUUGAAGGCUUCAUUUCAAAAUGUUACAUAUCUGUUUAUGGAGGAAAUUAUUUCUUUUGUCUUUGUUUUACCUUCUUUUCAGGACUUUGUUGGUGGUGAUU